GCUCCCAUAGUGGUUGUGCCACAAGGUAUCCAUGGUUUUAAUAUAAAUACAAAUAAUAGAGAUAGACUUGGAUGCCAUGAGAAAGUUUUGUUUCUUCAGAGGGCCUGUUAACCGGAAAAGUUUGAGAACCCCUGGCUUCUAUGAAAAUUUUCCAUUAGGAGGAAGGAUUAAUUUAAAAACAUGGAUCUGAAGAAAAUGUGUGAAGAGGUUGGAAAUGAAAUCAGGAACACGAAUUUUGAAUUGCAGCAGUUUUAUGAGCAAGAACUUCCAGUUUUAUUCAAACAUCCGUUGGACAAAAUUCCUUUAGCCUUGCUUCGAGAAAUGGCUGAACAGCUUCAUUACACUCUUUUAGAUUAUGGGAAAGGAGAAUGGCAGGCAAUUGUGCAAAAAAUGGGUCUUGAAGAUAAUCGUCAAAUUAGGAAUGUAACACUUUACGCCAAAGCGGCAGGAGAACUUCCCAUUACUUUUGCCCUUCAAGGUCCCCUGUCACAUAACAGAAGCUAUGGGGACAUUAUCAAGUGUUUGCUUGAAGAAAAUAGAUUUGAUGUGCUAAGGGAUUUAAAGCCUUUUACUGAAAAACUCAUAAAUGAAGGACAAAAUAGCUCUUUUUCUGGGAAAACCUUAUUCUAUAAAUUAUAUUCAGAUCUUCAGCCACCUGCUGAUUUUACGAAAGAUCCCCCAAAAGAAUCUUUGAAAGAAGAAAUGAUGCUGGAAAAGAAUUCAAUUGUCGCUCCGAAAAGUGAAAAAGCUUUGGAAAAAACGUCCCUUGUUGUAAAGCUGCCUAAAGAGCCAGAAUACAUUUCUUCUAUAACUGCUUUUAUUCCGCAUACAACUCAAGAUCAAAGAACAGCCGAAGUUGUGUUGACGGAAUUGCGGAAAGGAGGCAUCUUGGGAAAAUUGUUGUCAGAGCUGGAUCACCUAUUUGCAAUAAAUAGAUCUCGAGCUUUAAAUGCUGUUCUGUGUGAGGUCGAUUUCAUCAUUCCAAUAAUUUCAGAAGCAUAUAUUCGGCAAGUUUGUCCUUCAGUUUGUGGGGUUCAAGACGAAGAGACUGCAAACAAUUGCUUUAUUUUUAACCAAUUCUGUAGUGAGGUGUUAUGGACUGGUUGCUUGAACUACCGUGUUCGUCCCAUUCUUGUUCCAGAUUUCAACCGAGAGCUACUUAAUCCUUAUGCCUUUUUACGUGAUUGUGCUCUCGGGAUUCCCGAAAUACCAAAGCUGACUCGUAUUUUAAAAUGCACAAAAUCUCUCAUUCGCAAUGUUAGGUCUUGAUGGCUGCAAAACAGAUUCUGCAAGUAUGCAAAAGUAUUAGGUCUUUCAUUUUUUGAACAAUCUUUUCUAUAUUUCAUAAGAGGUUUGUAUUUAAAGAUACAGGCAAACCUGUUUUUGUGCGGUCUUUUUUUUUUGUGCGAUUUUUUUUUUUUUUUUUGAGCAGUAUAUGAAAAUUUCAAUCAGAUUUGACUCCAUUAGCAAAAUUAUCUAUGAAACAAGUGCGAGGUAGUAUCUUCAAGAGACAGGGGCAUCCCGAUGGGAAGUCAUUGUGUCCUUCCAAAAAUUUUCUUAUUCGGGAACAAAAUUAUCAUCACUUGGUUUAUUUUGAUUUCGUUUAAAGAAAACUUUUUCGGUUAUUUUCUGCGUAAGACUUUUUUUUAUGCAGUCCCUAUCCACAGCAUAUAUAUAUAUAUAUAUAUAUAUAUAUAUAUAUAUAUAUAUUUUAACUGUGUUGCGGAAACAGCUUUUUAUAGCUACUUGUGAAGUUUCAAACACCUUUCUAAUGUGAUUUUUUAUGCGGUCCCUAUCCACCGCAUAAAAACAGGUUUGGGUGUAUUGUUGUCAGGGGCGCAAUGGGAAGUUACUGUGACCUCUCAAAAAUUUCCUUAUUUCGCAAAUUUUGUCUGACAAUUCCGCAGAAUUUGAGUUUUAUUCUGCAAAAUUUGUAGUUCCAUUCGGCAAUUUGAGACUUUCCGCUCUCCCAAAAAUUUAAGGUAGGGACGCCUAUGGUUGCAAUUCCAGAUAACAGCUUAAAUUUUAUUGAUGCAGUGGUGUAGUGGAUUAAAAAAAGGUGGCAGGACACUUAAAGAUACAAGCAUAAUUUAAUAUAAUCAAAACGUGGUUUAAUACUUGUAUUAAAAUCUAGAAAAGUGGAGUAAUGUUGUGCCCUGGCAUCCCUCUUGACUACGACUAUACCAAGACAACUGCACUGAUGCUACUGUUACAACUGCUGUCGUAUACAACCUUUUUUCUAAAUAUGAGAAAAAUAUAGCGUGAGAAGAGAUUGGUUCAAUUUUUUAAGUUUAGAAAAUUUUAAUAAAAAGAUAUUUUUAUAAUUUUGUAUAUAUGAGAAAAAUAUGAAUUUUAUGUAUUUAGCAAAGUAAUGCUUGGGCUAGGAUAGGAUUAUGGCUCUGACCAAAAUGCAGUGUAGCAUCUCAUAAAUUUAAUGAAGCUUCAGUUUUGCUUCAAAUACAAAAGAGACAUUUAACAAUAAGCUCUGGGUCCAACUAGGGUCAGGGUGUUCCCUAAUAGUUUUGCUUCCCCAUGCGAUGUUGACAAGUGCCACCCCCUCAUCUUAAUAAUAUGUAUAUAUAUACAGUGAAACCUGUAUAUAACAAUAAACCUGUCUAUAACAAUAUUUUUUUAGGUCCCAACAGUAUCGUUGUAGACAGAUUUUACUGUAUAUAUACAGUUGGCUCUCUGUUUAACGACGGCUUUUCACGGUCCCAGAUGGUCCACUAUAGUGUUAAAAGCAUUCUAUUUAAAGACAUUUUCUACUUGAGGACGAUUUUUCGUAGCCCCUUGAAAGUCGUUAAACAGAGAGUCAACUGUAUAUAUAUAUAUAUAUGACCAAAAGUAUUAAGACACUAUCAAAAAUUCACAUUUUUAAGGGUUUCUCAAGAAAUAAAAUUGCUUUGUAACUUUUGUCAUGUAGCAGGUAUGCUCCAGCUGUAAACUUCCAAUGAAAAUUAUAUCACCCUUGCGUUUUGGGGGUCAGCAACAAAUUGAGGAAAGCAAAAAUGUUUUUUGGUCAUCAUUCGUCGUAAAUAGCUCAGAAUAAGAUAUAAAUUUCAGAAAUUGUCUUGCUUACUAUAUACAAUCAUUUUUCAUACUUUUGAGAAGGUAUCACUGAUAUUUACAAAAAUAUAAGCAUUUCUUCCAAAACUACAAAUUUCAUUUGCAGGUUUUUGACUCAUAACACGCAAAGUUUUUCAUCAAAGCUUACGAAACUUUCAGAAAACUUCACCGUAUACAAGCGAAGUAUAAUAUUAAAAUUUGAAAUAAAAAUGUUGAAAAUUUUAUAAAAUAAGGACAUUUAAAGCAAUUAAUUAUCGCUGCUCAUGUGCGAAAGGUAUCAAUUUAUGACUUUCAUCAUCUAAUACCCAACUAAAUUCCUUAACUCAUAAAAAAAUUCCAGUUCAAUAUCUCAAAAAUCUAGAAAGUUAUCAGCAAACUAAUGAGCCGAAUUUGAAUAAUUCAUAGGUAGGCGACAUACUGUGAGGGGUCCUUCGCAAGUUUGUAACAUUUGCUUGCAAUUGUUCAGUAUGAUUCAUGAUAAAAACACCUUAUUUGCGAACGAUCCCUCGUGAUACGUAGCCUAUCCAAGAGUUACCACUGAGAGCCACAAGCCCCUUUAGUACAAUGCCCCCCCCCCCCCGCACUGCGAUGUCGGGGCCUGCAACUUCACCAACAGCAGGAUAUGUAUUUAACUUUUAUACAAACCCAGAAAAAAAAAUUGCAUUUUGAUUCUUGGUUAUGUCUCAUUUUUAUUCUAAUACAUAAUAAUCAUUUUGAAACAUAAGAAGAUACCCUUUUUAAUUGUAUAACUAUAUGAAGCAUAUAUGGAGUUUUAUAUAGGAGUAUACAAACGUAAAGAGUAUUUUGAUGAAUCUACAAAAGACUGUUCAGGUAGUUUUCUGCACAAUUCCAUUUUUAAAAUUCAUAAUCAAAAAAAUAUUUUUCUAAACUAUUCUGGUUCCUUUUAUCAAUGCUUUUUAUUCUUGUUUCACUUUGUACGUCUGAUAUGUAUUUUAAUAAUUUUUAUGUAGUAAAAAUUUAUAUUUUGUUAUGAAUAAACUUAUCAAAAAUUGACUAAUUUGUAUGAAGUAACUGAAAUCAAACCAACUGCUGUCAUCAAUUCUAAGAAUGCC